AUGGUGCAACCCAAGAAGAAGUUUCGUGGAGUCAGGCAGCGCCACUGGGGCUCCUGGGUCUCCGAGAUCAGACACCCCUCCUGUAAGCCCCUACUACUAGCUAAGAGGAGGGUGUGGCUUGGUACCUUUGAAACGGCGGAGGAGGCCGCACGGGCCUAUGAUGAGGCCGCCAUCUUGAUGAGCGGGCGGAAUGCCAAGACUAACUUCCCCGUGCAGAGGAGUGGCACUGGUGAUCCUGCCCCAGCUGCAGUCCGCGAUGUUCGUGGUGGUGGCAGCAGCGGUGGGAGUUCCUCCUCGACGAGCAACCUAUCCCAGAUUCUCAGUGCCAAGCUUCGCAAGUGCUGCAAGGCGCCAUCUCCGUCCCUGACUUGCCUUCGCCUCGACACCGAGAAGUCCCACAUUGGUGUCUGGCAGAAGCGCGCGGGAGCCCGUGCCGACUCCAGCUGGGUCAUGACCGUGGAGCUCAACAAAAGGGCGGCGCCAUCCGGCGAUGCAGUGGUGGUACAGUCCACCGUAUCAGCAGCCACAGCAUCUUCACCGGUGAGUACAAUGGAUGACGAGGAGAGGCUAACACUGCAGAUGAUCGAGGAGCUGCUGAGCAGGAGCGGUCCAGCUUCACCUUCACAUGGAGAGGAUGAAGGCAGCUUCGUGGUCUGA